CAGCCGCCCAGGCCGCCACACAGCUCCCUGCAGAGGCCUCGGAGCCCCUUACUGUUUUCCAGCCGUGCUCCGACUAGAGUCGAGGCAGCGGGGAGAGGCGGAGCCGCCAGAGCUCCGCCGGGCUGUCCCGCCGGGUGGUCGUGGCCAUGAGAGGGGCUCCGGAUCGCUCACCUUCUGCGCUCCUCCCGCCGGAAAUGAGGUUUGUGUUUAAGGAGAAACUAACAAUGAAAACGGAGUCGUUGACGGAGGAAAAGUUGGAAUGCAGCCUCUGGUGCUGUUUGAGCGAUCCCUCUCCCCGGGGCCGCCGCUGUGUUCUGGAAAGGUGCAUUGUACCGUGGAUGCGGCAGGUUAAGAGUCCUGUGCAGAAGAUCGUUCUGAAAGAUAAUGCCAACUUGGAACCUAGGAAACCCUCCAGUGAGUUUCUGCAGCUUAGGUGGUUCAAAUCCUCAUCAGCACCUUUGUUUUCUCUGCCUCAGUUUGCUUACAAUGAUAUUCUCAGUAGCUGUAAUUGCUGUCUGUCUUUGAAUACUUAAGCAUUUUUUUUAGAUGACAGGGAUAUAUAUGCAUUUUUAUUUUAUCAAGUGAUAGAAUUUUUACUCUGCUUUUGUGGGCUCUGGGUUAGCUUAUUGGUUGUUUAGUUGUAAAAUGAUUAGGGAAAACCGUGUGUGUGUGUGUGUGUGUGUGUGUGUGUGUGUGUGUGUGUGUGUGUUUUAAGUUUCUUUUAUUGUCAGAGGACUUAGAAUUUUGUUUUAUAUGGUAAUUCUGACAAUUUACUUUAUUCUCCACCCCACAUUUAUUGAACGACAAAGUAUGAAAGUAAUGUGUCCCAUAACCAGCCUUCAGAAGAAUUACAACUGCUGUACAUCUGAAAUUC